AACUGUAUUAGUUGGAUAAUUAGGCAGGUUACAUGCAAUGCAGUCAUUGGCUCUCAUGCCACGGGUUCAAAGGGUCAAGCACAAUAUCACAUAACACCUCCCUGAAAUAGCCCUGUCUGCACAAACAACCUGCAUAAGUGGUGCUUCAGGAGAAACCUCACAACUAAUACAUUUUAAAAACAAACUAGUUCGCUGUAAUAUGGCUUACGUAGCACCUAGAGUGAAGUGGCGCAAACAAAAGAAAUACAGAGAAGAUGUGAUCGCCACAGCCAAGGCUACAGGUUGUAUCCUGCAGUUCUGGAACUCUUUGCUCGUGGGCGACGAGCUGACUAUCCUCGGUAUCGUGGAUGAUGAUGAGUAUGGCUACCUUAUUGAUGCAAUUUAUGACACCAGCAACUUGGAGGAGUGGAAGAACUUUAGAUUUAACUACAGAGGCCUGAGACUGUGGUCACUGACUUAUGAGCAGGAGCUGACGACACCGCUUCACAUCACAGCUGGUCGAGGCUUCGCGGACUGCCUGAGGCUCCUGCUGCAGCGCGGAGCAGAUGUUGACCUAGCACCUGGCGGCACCACUGCGCUGCACGAGGCUUGUGAAAACUGCCAACCAGAGUGUGCCAAACUCUUGCUGAUGCACGGUGCCAAUGCCAAUGCUGUCUCAGAGGACGGCCUUCUGCCUUUGCAUGUUUGUACAAGCGCGGAAUCCCUUGAAUGUGCCAAGUAUCUCCUUCAGUAUGGAGCUGCAAUCAACGGCUGCACUGUAGAUGAAUAUGACACUCCUCUCCAUGUGGCUGCCAGGAAUGGCCUCCCAGACCACACUGAGCUGUACCUGCGUCAUGGAGCUGCUGUGAACAAACAGAACUAUGAGGGUCUCACCUCCAUCAAUUCUGCUUGCUCACAGCCCCAGGAGGCACAGGAUCUCCGCAAUUAUUUCAAGGUGUGUCAGAUACUUAUAAACGCAGGGGCCAACAUCCACACUGAGGAACAGGACAAACGCACUCCUUUGCACAUGGCCUGUAAGAAUGCGAACCCAGACAUAGUGGAUCUGCUGCUGGAAAAUGGGGCCUGCGUUAACAACAUGGACUAUGGAGGUGAAGCUCCGAUGCACAACAUCCUGAAGGUGGUGGCCUACAAGAUUUCCCAUAGUCCUGAGAGGAUUGUCCGCUCUCUGCUCAACCACGGCUCCAUUCGGGUGUGGCCCGGUGCUCUUCCGAAGGUUUUGAUGCACUGCUCCAAAUCGCCACGCACUGUUGAGGUUCUCCUGAAUGCCUACAGUCACCUCAAAGUCACGGACACCUGGGUUGAGUCCGUGUCAGAAGAGGUGUUUAAGGAACACAAAGAAUUUUAUGAGUCAGUCUUCUCCCUGGAAAUGACUCCUCGCUCGUUGCAACACUUGGCUCGCUGCAGUCUCAGGAGAUUCCUGGAAGGCCGGGUACACAAAGUGGUCCCAAAGCUCGAUCUGCCCAAGUUCAUCAAGAACUAUCUUCUCCUGGAUUUCAGAGGAUACAUUCACUAAAAGUCCAAUCUGAGUGUGAAUAUUUGUACCAAAUAUCGAUGGUGAUAAAAGUCCAACAAUGUGAAUCAAUACACAGAUUUUUUAGGGUGCGUGCUGCCAUACAUAAGAUUUUUAGGAGCAAGACUCAGAGUCGUUUCCUGUCAUGUUUUGAUCCAUGUCUCAGCGCAGAAACACGUUUGAUGUUGCACCACAAGAGGGCGCUACAGACUAGAAUUAUUAAAUUAUGCAGUGGGGCUGCAGCUGUAUUGGUUUAUAUUUUCUUUACUUUUUUGAUCACUUUUUCUUUUCUUUUUUUCUUACUUUUACACUUUAAUUUAAAAAGGACGACUUGCUUUAAAUUGUAUGCAUAGUUAUUAUCAUAGGUCAGCGCUGGGAAGCAUGGUAAUUAUGUUUUGCACAUCGAGUAUUGCCAUCAAAAUAUUUGCAUUAAUCGUUUGAGCCACCGAGAUGCCUGUAAUUAUAUAUAUAUGAUUAAAACAGGCUUUAAAUGGAAAUAAAGAUUUCCACUACUGCUGCA